AAGACAACACAGUCGAUCGUGUCUGUUACUAACGUUAGUUGUGUUAGAAGUGUAGCUUUUUUACGCCCAGAAUGUUUGUAAUUUUACUUCUUGUGACUGCGUUAGCAGCUGUACAAUGUGUAGAAGCUGCAGAAUGCGACGUUCCGCCCUCAAUGUGGUGUAGUUCUCCGGCAGUCGCCAAGUCUUGUCAGUGGUAAGUCCAUCAGGAUGAAGUACAUGAGUGUCCCCCGGUCCGUGGUGACCGUGACCGUGGUGUACACCGUGGCCAUGUUCUGGGGAGUCCUGGUCAUGUUGGGAUGUCUGGUGCGGAUGGUGCGGAAGGGACCGAAGGCCUUUUUCACCUGGAAUGUUCUGGAGGGACGUCCGAGGUGUCUGGACAGCCGUGACCUUGGUAUCCAUGGUUACGUGCGGCUGAAGCGGAGCGGAAUCCAGCUCCACUACGUGAGAGCAGGAGACGACCGCAAGAAGCCACUCAUGGUGCUGCUGCACGGGCUUCCUGAAAUCUGGUACUCGUGGCGUCAUCAGCUGAGAGAGUUUAAGAAGGAUUACCAGGUGGUUGCUGUGGACAUGCGGGGAUACGGGGAGAGCGAGAAACCUGCGGGGCGUAGUGCGUAUCGUCUGGAAUACUUGGUGGAGGACAUUCGAGAAGUCAUUGAGACUUUUAACACAUUUUCCCACAGUUCCUGCGUACUGGUCGGCCAUGACUGGGGUGGUGCUGUAGCAUGGUACCUGGCGAUGGAAUACCCCGACAUGGUGGACAGACUGGUUGUGAUGAGCUGUCCUCACCCUGGGGUCUUCAUGAAGUACGUCUCCUCUCACCCCAGACAGUUCCUCAAGUCUUGGUUCCAGUUCUUCUUCCAGCUGCCCUUCCUGCCUGAACUGGUCUUCAAGUCCUUUGACUAUGGCGGAUUGUACGCAUCAUUGAGAGGCAGACGUAUGGGCUGUAAAACUCCUGAUGCCAUUACUGAUGAAGACUACAAGGCCUACAAGUAUUUCUUUUCCAAACCAAACCCAAUGGCUGUCACGGGACCAUUCAACUAUCUGCGAGCCAAUUUUGGGACUAUUCCUCUCGUGGACAUGCAUGGAACAGAUAAGGUGACCGUACCGUGCCUGCUGAUUUGGGGAGAGAUGGACGGAGCGCUGGAUGUCGGGAUGGGAGAGAUGAGCCGUCAGCUGGCACCGAACAUGACCUUCAGGGUUGUAGAGGGCGCGAGUCACUGGGUCCAGCAGGACAACCCAGCAGUGGUCAACACCUACAUGAGGGAGUUCUUACAGCCAUCUAAUUGAACCUUCCUUGCUACAGUAGUUGUAUGUUUGAAAAUGGUCUGUAUACUGUAAAUUUUAACAUUUUUUUGCGGUGGGCUCAUUUUCAGGGUGAACUCUCCAUCACGAAUUCAUGACAUUGCGGACAUGUCUCCCAUGUAUGAUGACUGUACUACAGAAUCAUUUCGGCCACAAAUUUUGAAAUACUGUGAGUGAAGACCUCAGUUUUCCUGCUACCCUAUUAAAAUAAAACCACCGCGAAUUUCAAAGUAAAUGAAUAUACAGUAAGUAAGGCCUCUUCCAUAUACAACGUAUGAUUUUGUGCGUUUAUGAUUUCUAGAGUGACUGAAGUACCGAUUUGAAUUUCGAAAGUUGCUUAGAACUGUUUGUAUAUAUUAUACAAGGUGUGAUCCCUACUGUCUUAGUCUGUAAAAUGUUGUAACGUUAGAUUGAUGUGCUUUUAUUAUCUGUUGUAGUUUUAUUUGUCUAACCUUCAUCGACAUAGAUUGCUAUGUGACAUAUAUAAAGGGCUCUAUGCAGAUGUCAGAAUUGGAAAAAAUACUUUUGAUUUGAAAUAGCAUAACAACCAACAUGUACCUAUCAUUGAAAGCUACCAUUAGAUUCUUAGUAAAUCCAAUAACACCAUUUCAACAAGCACACACACACACAAAGAUACAUGCACACAGAAACAAACACAUAUUGCACACAAUCACUGACAUACACACCCAGACUUCAGUGUCAAUAUACAUGUAUCAGUAAUCACUUCAUUAAAAACCAUAAAGCAGUUCGUGAUUUUUCAAGUCUUGGUUACUUUAUUGUGUAUGAUACAAGUCUUCCUACCAUACAGUCAUGUUCCCUGUGUACAAUCUUACAAAAAUAAAAUUAUUAUCUUACAUUGAAUAAAUAGUACAUCAGCCACAAAGUAUCAAAGAAAGUCUUUUUUUCAUGAUCAACAGGCACAAAGAACAAAGGGGGUGUCUCAGACAUGUAUGUUCCCCUUAAUUUCAAGUAAGUACGGUAUGACUGUAUGAAGUUCCUAUUUUUUCUCUGCCUCAAUAUACGUGCAAAAGGCAAUAUCGCCUUGCCUGUGGCCCAUAAAAUAAAUCUUCAGAGGGCUCUGCUAAACUGGGCUGAGGUUUUUUGGGCUUGGCCUCUAACCAGUUGUCAGCCAAUCAUAGAACUGCCUUUUCUUUGGGUGAAGCUGCUCCUCUGAUUGGCUGACAGUUAGUCAGAGGCCACACCCACAAAACUGGAAACCUCAGCCAAGUUUAGCACAGCAAGGUAUAUUGUUUAAACCAGGGGCAAGACUCUGGUUAGGAGAAUGAGACAACAGUAAGUGAAGAAUAGCUCGAUUUCUUAUUCACAGCAAUUUUGCUUGAUGAUUACAUCACAACAUACAGUGUCUGUGACACCCCCAUGACUGUAUUUCAUCCUUGUAGGUAACACUGACGUCUAGUGUAAUAUUACGGUAUGUCUAGCCUUGGAGUUCUGUAUGUUGUUCUCUACUGUCGUAACACUUCUUGGAUAAGUCAACGUUUACAUCACCGAGUACAAUAGUUAAGACAUCGAAUCAUGGGCACCUUUGUAUGUAUGGUUGACGUAAUCUGAAAGCAGAUGUUGAGAGAUAGAAAACGUGAAGGUUUAUCCUACCCAUCAUCUGCUUGGAGAUUAGUUUACUGGUAGUAUGUACAAGUGAUUUGCUGUUGGGACAUCACAUGGUGAAAGUGUUAGAUAUGUUCCCAGAUAUCAAUGCAUGGGAAAGAACAGUAUAAAGCACAACUUCCUACCACAGUCAACAUGUUUAGAACAUUCUCACCAAUGUUUUUUCUUCUUUUAAUUGGAUGAUUAUGUAUUUGUAACCAUUUGCAAAUAGGUUGUGUAAUGAGUGUGGUAGACCCAACAUGGGUGAUAAUAAUGCUGUCUUUUAUUACACAGUUUCAUAUUGAGACAUUUUCUAUGCCACUUUUCUUCAGGUAUUAGAAACAUGUUAAAAGCUGUGCUAGAAAUGUCAUUGAACAUUCCUAGAUUGAAUACAAUGAGGUUGAUAUGGGAAACCUGUACUUUUUAUUAUUUCAAAACAAAUCUGAGGUAUUGUAAGAUAUUGAGAAAAAGGGCAAGAAUUAGGUUAAAAUUCCACCAAAUAGAAAUGAAGGAAGGAAGAAGAAAAGGAUGUCCAGGAAAAAUUCAUUGUGAAAAGUUUGGCACAUCCUUGUGUAGUGAUGGAAAUAUUCCAUCACCAUACAAUAUUUCUUAGAAACCGCCAAGACUUGAAAAGGCUACUAUUUUUAAGUACAGCAGCAAAAGGGAUAUGCUUUCUUUCCUCUUCUCCAACAACUAUACUAGUUGUCAGGCUCUAGUUGUGGCAGGUAACUUUUUGUGAUAUGUCUGUCCUCUGAAUACAUUCACAGUCAAACUUUGCAGGUGAUAACUUAUAAGCCAGUCCACAGUUUGAAGUGCACAUGCAUGUGCAAUGGCAAAGGUGAAGGCCCAAACCUUGCAAAGUUCUUGUCUAGACCAUGCUUGAUGUGCAUCCAGAUUGUUUUGUUUAUGUUUCAGGGGCUUUCAACUUUGACAUAUUCAUUACCCACAUUGCAUUGCACUGAGCAUGUGCAGUUCAAACAGUGAACCAACUUAUUGUAGCAUCAAUGCCAGUGAUAGUGAACUGUUUUAAGUCAUUAAGUCCGGGCAAACUGUUUGGAAUCACAAAUAGUAGAUCAGGAAAAUUUAUAGCUCAGUUGAUCUGGAAAAUAAACUUUCGUAUUUGAUUGAUACACGUGACUAAAUGGCAUUCUUCAACAGAUUGGUAAGAGGUGCAACUGAAACCAAAAAGGCAAAUAAAUUUCAACAAUAAACAAUGGUUUUUGGCGACACCACAGGGGCGGAGACAUUUUCGUGACUACGUGUACCUGCUAGUCAUGAUCAGGUCAGCAUGACUGGAUAAGUUUGCAACAUGGCAACAAAAUACAAUUCUCCAUCUUCAAAUAAACUUUCCCAAUAACAAUGCAUGGGAUGUUUCAAACAAAUUUGAUAACAAGCAAGACUAUAUCAUGUUUAACAAAGAAGUCAAAAUUAAUGGCGCAAAUCAUACAUUUUACCUGAACUCAUUCAUCGAAGAAAAAGGGUAACUGUACUUCAGAGAUGAAAAAAAAA